CAAAAUAAAAUCAAAAAGAAAACAGACAGCAAACCGGAGAACAAAACAGAACAAAAUACCAAACAGAACGGAGAACAUAAUAAGGAAUAUAUAAUAGCAAACACAGGUCAGAACAGAACACAGACCAUAAGACAGAACAAAAUAGAACAGAGACCAGAGAACUGAGAACAGAGAGGAAAAUAUUCCACAGAACAGAGAAUAGAAUGAAGAACAGAACAGGGAAUAAAGAAGACAGAAAAAAGGAAAAGAGAACAGGUCAGAGAAAAGAACAGUAAAGAACAGAGAAUGGAACAAAGACGGCAACAGACAAAAGUAUCAGAAAGGAGAGAACAGGAUGGAGAACGGAAAGCAAAGGAUAGAAAAUCCUAGAACAACAGAAUAAGAACCGUAUACAACAGAACAGAAAAAAAGCCAAACAGAACAAAAAAACAAACAGAGAGCAGAACAGAGGUCAUAAAAAACAACAACAGGAAAAGACUAGAGAAGAAAACUAAAUGGCCCAGAUUAGAUUAGAGUGGAAUAAUUGCUCACCAUGAUAAAAAGGUUAUGUUAACAUUGAAGCUCUUGAAUAGUUUUAGGAAGAACGUCAUCACCUUUGCUAGCAUGAAAUAGGUUUUUUAGACUCUUUGCAUCAGCUGUUGGGAUCUGUAGAUCUGCUCUCUAAGUUUCUUAGGCUGUUCCCACACAGACAUGUGCAGUAUCUCAGAUGAUCAAACUCUAAAACACACACAGAUCAUUUCGUUUGUUCACACAUGACGGACAACCACCGGCCAUCAUCUCCAGGGCAGAACAAAUGCAACACAAAGGCAGUUCGCAGCCUUCAGGCUUUGCUGCUGCUGACAGCCUGAGGCCUCUAAUUUAUGAAGCUUCACCCCGAAUGGAAACAGGGAGCGAAGGAGCGGGAGAGGAGACAAGGUUUGUGGUUCUGAGCUUUUAUCAGUUUGCAGCACAGGCAGGAAACACAUGCACUCCCUUGUAUGUUUGCAUGCUUGCAGACACCACAAACACAAUGGUAAUUUCCUGCAGCAAGGUGCUUUUUUUUAACGUAUUUUUUACAAAUAUUUUACAAAUUCUAACAGGGAAAAACACAAAAUCCUCAUUUAUAAGCAUUCAAGCAAUAAUAAAGAAUUCCAGAGUAGAAUAAUUAUACAUGAAGGACAGAUAAUCACGCCAGAAGUUUGUCAUAUAAAGUUGUUAAAUAUUUAACAUAUGGUUUUAUUUUACAGCCAAAAAAGUGAGAACCCCACAUGGGAUUGAUAAAUCCCACAUCAACGAAGUCCAAAGGGGAAGCAGAUUAUGUAAUAUGUGUUCAUUCCAUAAUCUGUGCAUUUCCAUUUUAUUGUUUCAAUGGAUGUUUCCAGCCUGACACUGCAUGCACUCACACCUGUAAUGAGCUGAAAGGGGAACUGUGGGAACGAGUCAGUUGAUAUUUAAAACUGUGCCCUUGAGAUAAAUAACUUCUCAAAAAACUGAAGCUUAUUUAAACAUGAGGGCUGGCUUUGUGGGGAAAGAGGCACACGUGCUGACUUUAACAGUAGCCUGCUCAGAAUUAACUAUUAACCUUUACAAUCCUGCUUAUAUGAGGCGGUGUUUGCAACAUUUGGGUCUAAAUAGUCACAACUUUUAUAUUGAAGAUUGUUGAUAUAAGACGGAAAACUUUUGCUAUAAGAAGCAAGGGCAAUAAAAAUGAUUUGCAUUUUUCUGUUUUCAGGACAUUUUUUGCAGGAUUUCAAAAUAAAAGUUUUGAAGCUUGCUGAUAUAAGAGAAAAAUGUUGCGUUAAGACGAACAUUUUGACUUUUUCUACUAGGGACAGUAAAAAGUUAAUAGCAUUUUUCUGUUUUUAUGAACUUUUCUGCAGGAUUUCAAAAUAAAAGUUUACAUUUGAAACUGAAAACGACAUCAAUUCAUUUUUGAUGCAAAAACAAAAAAAAAUACAUUUGUUUGUCAUGUAAAUUUUCUACUGUGCAGUAUUUACUGGAGAUCUAGAGCAUUUUCCUUUUUCACGGAUGCAUAUAUGUGCACAAGCCUGAUCUCUCUGAAGAUGUGUUUAGAUAUAAAACUUGUGCCCAGUAUGCAAAUACUUUGGUCAGGUCUAGAAUCAGUGGCACUCCAAGCUUCAACAAGUUUGAAAAAAGCUUUUGUUGUUGGUAGAUUGGUAUCUUCACAGCAAGAGAGAGAGAGAUGGUCAGCUCCCAGCUUCCAAAAAAGAAGAAGUAUUUGAUGUAAACACAUUUAAAUGGACCGUCCUCUUUGCCUAAAUUAUAUUUGAGCACCUCCAACACCUGUUCACAGGUCUUGGUGCUGGGCCAUGUAUAAAUACCUGUGCACACGGCGUACCUGUGUCAGUGCAGUGGGGUUCACAUAUUAGGACUAGAAAUGUCCUCAGCUGAGGGAAACACUCAGUCAUACAAGAUGAUGUCUUUAGACCACGACAUCAACCAGCACUUUCAGGACGCAAUCGAUGUGCUUCAACAGCAUUCGCACAGUUCAUACUAUGAUUCAGAUUACACAUAUUACGAGCAUCUGAGUUUACAGCAGUCGUCUCUGCCGUGUCAGAUCCGCUGUCUCUUCACACACCCAUCGGACGUCCCGGCUCCAGUGUUUGACUGGAGUGACGCAACUCAGCAGUCUUGGAGUCAGGCGAUGACGGAUGUCCCAUCGAGCCACUCAGUGAAGAACGAAACCCCACAUUUUUACUCCAUCUUACCACCACAGAGAAGCAGUAAAGGUCGUAAAAAGCUCAGACUUUAUGAAUACCUCCAUGAAGCCCUAAAUGACCCCAGCAUGGGCGACUCAAUCCAGUGGACGGACAGCGGCAGUGGCACUUUCCACUUUGUCUCCAAAAAUAAGGAGAAGCUGGCUGAGUGCUGGGGACAGCGCAAGGGCAACCGUAAGACCAUGACUUACCAGAAAAUGGCAAGAGCUUUAAGAAACUACAGCCGCACAGGAGAGAUAGUCAAAGUGCGCCGUAAGCUCACCUAUCAGUUCAACGCCGAAAUCCUGCACAAGCUGGGCUCUGCACAGGCACCCAUGCACCUGCCCUGCCACCCAGCACCACAGGUCCAAACCCAGCAGCAAAACCCGGCUGAGCAGGGCUACUGUGGUUCUGCGGGCACAGACUGGCCCGGCUGGUACGGACACUAUCAGCUCCAGGAAGACUAUGACCUGGCGACAAGCUUCACAUCACACACGUCAGCCAAACUCUAGGCUGCCGUUCAGAGGAUUUUGUUCGACCUGCAAACUUUAGGGCUUGUGUGUUGAAAAAUCAGACUGCAGAUUCACCUGCAAAAAAACAAACAAAAACAAAAUCAGUAAGGACUGCACUUGUUUCAGCAGUUUUUGUAAAUAUUUUGUACAUUUCUAUGACUGUAACCACUUUUAUAAUUGAAUGUUUUUCUAUUACAUUAAAAUUUCAAAACAGUUUACUUUUUCUUUCUAGCUGUCUGUUUAAGUGGUGGAUCAGUUAGUUUCACCAAUUUAAGUUUUUUUUUCUACUGGAAAUAAAGUAAAAUAACAUCUUUCUUUUUUUAAACUUAAAAUAUGAUUUAAGCAUUUUUUUAACAUGUUUUUCCUAUAAGAUUUUCUUUUAAAGUAAAUGCUUUCCUUACUUUUAUGCAGUAUCAUGAACUCAGUACAACAGAUUGUUUUCUAUCUGUAGGUUUAGUCACAGUUUAUAACGCAAACACUGUAGAUUAUCGUUUAAACUAUUUUAUUCAAAUGCAUUGUAAGGUGUACAGAAAAAAACUAAUUACAAGAGGUUUAAACACAGAUUUACUGUAAAUUGUUUGAUAGAUUGUGUAAAUUAAUAUAAAUACACAAAAAGAUCAUUUGGAUUUUCUGUUUGCUAGAUCUAUCUAAAAAUGUUAAUUUUUACUUGCUACUUUAGAUAUAAACUAAAAACUUUUACUAAAAAGUAAAAUCUGGAAAUAAAUACUGGCAUGAUUUAUCUGUGUUGCUUAGUCUCUUAUGGUUUAAUAUAUAAUAAAUAUUUAAAAGUUUAAAUAUGUUAAUGCUAUUCUUUUUAUAAAUAAAGUUUGUAUGCUAUGGAGUUUGGUAUGUUUCUUACAUUGUUUGAAUAUAAUACAACUCUUUUGUGACCUUCUGAAGUUAUUGAAAAGAAAGAGAGAGAGAGAGAAAAGAAAAAUUACCUUCAAAGUAUUUGGCAGUGUCUCCAAUAAAGUGAAUUAUUGCAACAGGCAUGCAAAUUCUAAAAUUUAGACACAUCCUGAGAGGAAAAACAUGCCAGCGAGAGGGUUUUUUCCUGAAAAGAGAGCAGCGUGGGGAGGGAAACCUCGAGACCAAGUCUUAUCUGCUUCAGCGGGGAGGAUGUGGUCAGUGCUCGGUUGUCUGGUGAGGAUGGUGGGGCUUUGUAGGAUGGGUGGUCAUUGUUUUUGUCAACCCGGGGUAGAGAAAACGUUUUGAAUAGAGCCCACUCCCAUAGGGGAUAUAAUAAGUCUCCAAGGACCUGAGUGUUCAGAAGUUCGUUGAAAUUCUCCCUAACUACAACGGCUGGACUGAAGGAGAUCCUCAGCGGUUAUGGAUGCUCAGUCUGAUUUGGAGGUGAUAUUAGAGUUUCUGGAGGAAUAUUAUAGACAAACUACUUCAGAAAAUGUAGACAAGAUGUCCUGGACUACAGGUGAUCCUGCAAAUGAAACAUACAAUCAACCGUGGACAGAACAUUCUAGCAUCAGACCUGCCCCUCAACCUUUCCUGGCACACGACACUCGACCGGCCUUUCACCAAAGUACGACAGCAUCAGUGCCUGAGCGUGGGUCAGUGCCAAACUUUGUAUCAACAAGACAAUCAGCAAAACACAAAGCCACAGCAACAGGGAGUGGUAGAAAAGUGCGACUCUUUCACUUCCUGUUUGAGAUGCUGGAGGACCCGAGCAUGGCUCACUGUUUGUCCUGGGUGCCGGCGGCCACCGGCGUUUUCCGCUUUUCCUCCAGGAAUAAGGACCAGGUGGCAGCGCUGUGGGGGCAGAAGAAGGGGAACAAGAGACCCAUGACUUACCAGAAAAUGUCACGGGCGCUCAGGAACUAUGCCCGGUCAGGAGAAAUAUUUAAAGUAAAGAAGAAACUCACCUAUCAGUUUAGUUACAACACCUUGAUGUCGCUGCAGAUGCGUUACCAUAGAGACCAGUAGACUCAAUGUAGAGCUUGUGUUGUUUUUCUUCUGAAUGUCAUGUUUUUCAUGUUUUGGUAGUUUUCAUCUUUACCAUGUUGAUUUUUCUAAAUGAAUUUAUCACUAAUAAUAAAGUGUGUUAAAGAAAUGUUGACAUUUUUAAGGGUAUGUUUUAACCUUCAAAUGCAACUUUGUUAAUCUACUGUGUUUAACUGUUAAUUAAAUAAUUUUCUAAUUCUU